CCCACAAUUCUUUGAGGCUUCCGGUUCCAACCAUUCGAGCCCUAAGAUGGCGGACCGGCGGCGACGGAGGCGGCGCGCGUCCCAGGACAGCGAGGACGACGACGAGUCCGGUUCGGGUUCGGACAGCGGGAGGUCGGCGUCCCCGACCUUGAAGAGCCGGGCGAAAGAGCCCGAGCCGGCGGAGGCCCCAGCGGUUCGACCCGAGGCGAAGAGCGAAGUGGAGUCCGAAUGUGAGAGUGAAGAUGGAGUGGGAGAAGCUGUCCUGUCUGACUACGAAAGUGCAGACCCCGAGGACAACGGCUCCCAUUCAGAGGGUGUGGAGGAGGAAGAGGAGGCCGAGCAGUACAGCGACGAAGACACCCCGGCAGCAGCCAGUGAGUCGGAGCCUGCAGCUCCCAGCGGCCCGGCAGCGGGAGAGGAGGGCGAGCGGGUAGAGGUCAAUGAGGAGGAGGAGGAGGAGGUGGAGGAACAGGAGCCAGAGAGGGAGGAGCCAGAGAGCGAGGGAGGGGGGCAGAGCAAAGAGGAGAGCAAAGCAGAGGAGAAGGAAAAUCUCACUGGAGAGAGACAGAGCGGAGAUGGACAGGAGUCCACAGACGACCCAGAGACGAAGGCGGGAGGAAAACCGGGUCAAAAGCUCGACGAUGACGAGGACAGAAAAAACCCGGCCUACAUCCCUAGGAAGGGACUGUUCUUCGAGCAUGACGUCAGAGGUCACGCUCAGGAGGAGGAGAGACCUAAAGGUCGGAACAGGAAGCUGUGGAAAGACGAGGGUCGCUGGGAGCACGACAAGUUCAGGGAGGAGGAGCAGGCGCCAAAGAGCCGCGAGGAGCUCAUCGCCAUCUAUGGUUAUGACAUCAGAAACGGCGGCGGCCCAGGAGACCGCUCGUACAGACAGCGCAGACCAAGACAGAGCGUGUCUCCCAGCAGAGACAAGCGGUGGAGAGAGGGAGGAGGAGGAGAGCGAUCAGUCCGAUCCUGGCAUGGAGGAGGUGGAGGUCUAAACCGAGGAGUUCCUCCACCUUCAUCCAUCCACACAUCCUCUACAUCAUCUUCCUCCCUCCCUCUCUCGUCCGCUCAGCGCAGCAACAACCCCUCCAGACCGCCACCCUCCCGCAGCAGACCAUCGCACCAGAGUCAGAUGCACCUCCCACCUCAAUCCCACUACAGGAAUGAUGAAUCAAACGCACCCCAAAUGCAUCCCAGAGAGCGACAGGGCCCUAAAGCACAUUCGGAGCUUGCAGGCGACAGGGGUGUGGCCAGCAGAGGAGGGCGUGGCAGCGGAGGAAGGGGGGGUCCCUCUGUGGUCGUUGAGAACAGCUGCAGCAGCCAACCAGGUGUUGAGGAAAAGGACCUGAGCUCCAGCGCUGUAAAGACAGUGGCGUUGUCACAGCCGGGCGGUUAUCAGUCUGCUUCACCCAGACGACAGCAGAAGGAACAACGAGGCAGCGCCGACCGCUCUGUGUCUGGAUUGGCUUCUUCCUCCUCCACAUCUGACCCCUCCCUUCAAUCAUCAUCAGCAGCCAAUCGGGAAUCCUCUCCUCCCACCGAGCGGCCGGUAGAGCGUAAAUCUUACUUGCUGGCCCGCAGGACUCGCUCUCGGCCCACAGACCUGGGAAGCAAACAGCCAUCCGUGGAGGAGACCGCGGGCGGGAACGCCUCAUCCCCCGGCAGUGUGGGAGGGAGGAGCUGGACGGGAGCAGGAGACAGUCCCAGUCAGACAGGGGGUGGAGGGGGUGGAGGGGCAGGGGGGCUGACCGAGCUGGACCAAGACGUGGCUCGACUCAGUCUGGCCGGACAGACCUGGAACCAGAGUCCGACGUCAUACAUCCGCUCUGAGAUGAGAGGCCUCCCGAGCCCCCUGCACAUCCCCGGGGGCCCGCCGCAGUUCUCCAGCAUUGAGGAGAUGGGCGUCGGCUCUAGUCGGGCCAAACGCUACUCCUCCCAACGUCAGAGACCCGUACCUGAGCCGGCUCCGCCCAUGCACCUGGGAGUGAUGGAUGGACACUACUACGAACCCAUGUCGUACCAGGGACCAAUCUAUGCUCAUGGGGAUGGCCCCGCCCCCAUCCCACCACAAGGCAUGCUGGUCCAGCCUGAGAUGCACAUCCCCCACCCUGGUCUCCACCCACACCAAUCAGGUGCCCCGAUCGCUAACCCCACCCUCUACGCAGGCCCACCUGUGUCUUUGUCACCCGGGCAACCACAGCAACUGCUGCCACCUCCGUUCUAUCCUCCACCGGGCGUCAUGACCUUCCCUUACCCUACCAUGUACCCAACCCCACAGGGUCAGGCCCAGGUGACCUAUGGAGGUGUGACGUACUACGACACGAUGCAGCAGCAGGCUCAGCCCAAGCCUUCACCCCCCCGCCGCACGUCCCAGCCCGUCACCGUCAAGCCCCCCCCACCAGAGGUGCCCUUUGCCUCAGAGUGACCCCGCCCCUCGUCCCUCCCUGCCACCCGUUUCAAUCUCACUCUGACUGAAAACCACAGGUGAGCACCUCUUCACUUGGUGUCCUGGGACGUCAGUGUCCUGCGGAGGGACUGUGGGGGGGUCGUUGUGGUUUAACGUGUGGCGACCUCUGCUCUGUCUGCAGGGGCGGGAUGGGAGGGGUCGGUGAGGCGCUGCGGUCCCAACGGCAACCACCGGCAGUAACGAGCGAGGGACAUACGGACGAAGACAAACUGCAAGAGACUCACAGCGGUUGUGUUGCGGUUUGGCAGCUCGACCGUACCGCAAGGUAGUCAGGUGUGGCGCACAGGUUCAUUCCAGCCAACGUUGAAACUAUAAAACAAGUUCAAAGCCUGCGGACAUUUAACUCGAAAGUCGGUCGGACGACGUGGAGCCACUUGAGUCGAUAUGAUAAACAAAAGUUUGGUUUAAACACCGAGAACACAAUCGGUUUGAGUUUCUCUUUGUCUUGUCAAGUUGUCCUUUGUGUUUACUUCACAGCGUCAGUUUCAUUAAACAGGAAACAGAAAGUUAGCAUGUUCAUGUUUGCUCUCUGUGGUCAAGAUAAAAAACGAGAACUAGGAAGAACGAAGGUGAGAAUCUGUGGAUCGGUAGUUUUUAUAGUUUGAAUUCAGUUCGUGUUCAUCGCCAGUGUUACCACCGUGUUCUUACAUGUGACGAUCUCCGCCACCUCCCCCACAGAAGUUUUAUUAGCGUCAUCUUUGAUUUUUGAACAUCUUCAAAGUCAUUGAAGAGAAUUUUCUGCCUCCAAGUUCUUGUUGUUUUUCUUUGUGUCAGUAAACUGAACCUCUGUGUGAAACUGAUCGAUCAAUAAAACACGACAGGUUCAUUGAUAAUUAGUCGCAGCCUGAUGAUGAUCAUCUGCUCUCAGUUUUCAUCACGUCUCACGAUGUGCCAAAGCAGAAAUACAGUUUAAUUGAAUGAAUCCGACUGAUGCCGCCUUUUAUUCGUGCACGCCGUCCGUCCGCUCGCCUCAGACAUCAGCAGCACAGUUACUGAAAAACGUUGAUAAAACUCCUUUGAAGGUCGUUAAGGAGAAAGUUCAAUCGCCGACACGAACGUUGCACAAACAGUCUGACAGGUGCUGCUGCUGCGUGGGCGGGGCCGUUAAUCGUCGCUGUAAAUAGAACCUAAAUGUAAAUAGAAGCAGAUAAAAUAGAGCAGCAAACAUAUUCUAAUGAUUCUAGAGCAACAGAUAGAAAACGCAUCGGCAGGGACUCGGAAUGUUACGAUGGUUUUUAUUUAGAGAGGUAGCAAUGACAAAAAGAUGAGCGGCUUCCACUUCGCUAUGUUUUUUUUUGUUUUUUGUUUUUUUGACACGACCCUGUUUGAUUUUAAUACUGUUAUUUUUUAUUAUUACUAGUGAAUGCAGGAGUUAAAUGACUUUUUAGUUUCACAUGUUUGAGGAAACGUUGUUUAUUUGACCUGCAGAAUCUUUUCCAGUAAACGGUUCAACUCUAA